GAGAGAACAAACACUCAACUGCUUUGAUUCAGAUCAUCGAUCAGUUUCAGAGUUAACAUUUUCUGGGAAUCUUUCGGUAAUUGUCCCUCAGUUGACUAAACAAAACUUUGGAUUGGCGCCAUUCGAGUGUGAUCGCGCACACACUUCUCCCUCUCUGCAGCAGCAGCUUGGAGCUAUAGGCAUGCAAGAGUGCGGGUAGCACCUCGCCAUACCUUAUUCGAUAAUCGACGUUUACUAUCCGAGCACGCUGCAACCAACGAGAAGAAAUAGUGCGAUCGUCUACCAGAACGCGUGCGGUAACCGUCAUUGUAGUAAUAGCAUCAUAACAAUAUGUACCUUCUUCGUACGAUCGGUGUUUGCGUUGUUCUGUUAUCGUCAGUGUUUCGGGCAUCCCGUGGGAGUCCAUCGCAGGAAUUCGUCCAAUAUCUCACAACUACCCCGAGUGAUCACGUGCAUCCACCCCCGGAUCGUGACGAUGGGAAUCAGAACCGAAAGAAGAGACUGAUUUCCGCGCCAGAUUACGAAGAAACGGCCCAGUUUUGGAACAUUGGGGCCCAGCUGAAGCUCAAGGAGCAACUGCUCAAACGGAAAAACUACAACAAAGCGAAAAAUGUGAUCUUCUUCCUGGGCGAUGGCAUGUCGAUACCGACGCUGGCAGCCAGCCGCAUGUAUCUCGGACAGAAGCAAGGCCACUCGGGCGAGGAAACGCAGCUCUCCUUCGAAGAGUUUCCAGACGUCGGUCUAGUCAAGACAUACUGCGUGGAUAAGCAGGUUGCAGAUUCGGCUUGUUCGGCAACGGCUUAUUUGUGCGGAGUCAAGGCCAACUAUGCCACAAUCGGCGUCACGGCUGCGGUUAAAUAUAGCAACUGCGCUACCGGCAAUGACCCCAAGAACCAAGUCGACUCGAUCAUGAGCUGGGCUCAGGCAGCCGGAAAAGCCACAGGCAUUGUGACUACCACCAGGGUCACGCACGCCAGUCCAGCCGCUAACUAUGCCCAUGUAUCGAAUCGAGAGUAUGAAUGUGACGCCGAUGUUCUGGCGCAGAAAGCAGAUCCGAACGUUUGUCAGGACAUUGCCGCUCAACUGGUGCGGAACAGUCCCGGAAAGAAUCUAAAGGUUAUUCUUGGGGGCGGUAGACGCAAGUUCACCCCUAACACAGAGAAAGACCCCUCUGGCAAACUUGGGCAACGCAUGGAUGGGGUCAAUCUGAUCUCAGAAUGGUAUUACAGCAAACCCCUCGGGUCUGCUAGAUACGUUACGAACAAGGAAGGACUCAAUGGAGUCAACUUCAAUGAGACGGAAUAUCUGAUGGGUCUGUUCAACUACGAUCACAUGAAAUAUCACAUGGACAGCAAUCCUCAAGAAGACCCCACUCUAAGUGAUCUCACCUACGCUGCCAUCAAAACCUUAGAGAAGAACCCAGCCGGAUACGUCCUAUUCGUAGAAAGCGGUAAAAUCGAUUUGGCCCAUCACGAAACCAAAGCACGGAAAUCGCUGGACGAAACAGUUCAACUCUCGGAAGCCGUCCAGCUUGCCACGCAGUACACCAGCUCGGACGACACUCUAAUCCUCGUAACAGCAGACCACGCGCACACAAUGUCCAUGGCCGGGUACUCCAAGCGCGGCCACGACAUUCUGGGCGUAAGUGGUUCAUCCCACGAUAAAGGCAAAAGUCCCUACACGACUCUGUCGUACGCGAAUGGCCCUGGAGGUCCAGCCUUUUCGGAGGGUCGGCGACUGAACAUCACCGAAGAAAUGCUGACCAACAAAGACUUCCAGUAUCCGAAACUAGUUCCUUUGAAGUACGAGACACAUGGGGGAGAUGAUGUGGCACUGUUCGCCUACGGGCCAUGGUCACAUCUCUUCUCUGGAAUGUACGAGCAGAACGUAAUUCCGCAUAUCAUCGGGUAUGCAGCGUGUAUAGGAAACGGAUUGACGGCGUGCAUAGGGUGAGAAUGAAUGUUUGUUGCGUUGUUUCGUGCGAGUCAGUUCAAUGUACAAUUAAUAGAAGAAAACAAUUUACGUGUCUCGAAUGUGUCACGUUACCGUUAUUGUAGUACUGUAUGUUUUACUAACGUAUGUGAUUUUUAAGAUGUUUUAAUAAAUUUGUAAUGUAGGUUUUUAA